AGUAAAAACCGACCAUUCAUUGGAAAGCAGCACCGUAGCGUGAAUCCCCCAAUAUCUCUGGUUCUAUGUCUCUCUCGUUCCGUGUUCAUUCAGAUCAGAGACACACAGUGUACUACGACGUCGUCUCUCCUGGAACUCCGGAAACCCUGAUUUUUCUCGCUCUCUAGAGUAUAAAAUAUAAACCCCUUGUUUGCUCAUCAAACCCUAAAAUACCUGGUUAGCUUUUCCAAACCCUUGACCGGCGUUUUACAUUUGCAUUGUCAGUAUUCUCCCUUAACUUCUCAGUUCGAAUCAAUAGGAGAUUUCUGGUUCCGAAGCGAAAGAGGAGAGAAAAGUUGUUUGGUCGAAAGAUAUUUUGGAAUUCAGCUUUUUGGAGGAAGCAAUGAUGGCUAAGAAUGGAGGGAGGUGAAGUGUUAGGGAGUGCAGAUAAUGGGAGCUCGGGCGAGAGUGGUCGGCCGCCGAACCCUCUCGCCGCUGCUUAUAGAAGCUGUCUUAGUGCUGAUCGAUUGCCGAUGCCAUGUAAGAAGUCGCUUGUUCGACACCCUUCUCUGGUUAAGAUAAAGACGUCUGAGAUUUCUGUUGAUGCUGAACUUGUUAUACAUGAUGAUGAAACUGAGUUUGUUCCAAUUGUCCGUUCUGGAGCAUGGACUGACAUUGGGGUUCGUUCAUACAUGGAAGAUGUGUAUGUCUGUCUUGACAAUUUUAUGCGCGAUUAUGAGAACAAGAGUAUCAUUGAUAGGCCCAGUGCCUUCUAUGGGAUAUUUGAUGGACACGGAGGAAAACAUGCUGCUGACUUUGCCUGCUAUCAUUUGCCAAGAUUCAUUGUUGAGGAUGAAGACUUCCCUCGGCAGAUUGAAAGGGUACUUGUUUCUGCAUUCUUACAAACUGAUACUGCUUUUGCAGAGGCUUGCUCAUUGGAUGCUGCUCUCGCCUCUGGCACCACAGCAUUAGUGGCUGUUGUUCUUGGGAGGUUGUUGGUUGUGGCUAAUGCUGGAGAUUGUCGAGCAGUUUUGUGUCGUCGUGGGAAGGCAGUUGAAAUGUCUAGGGAUCAUAAGCCAAUUUGCAGCAAGGAGAGAAAGCGCAUUGAGGCUUCUGGGGGCUCUGUCUCUGAUGGGUACCUUAAUGGACAACUUAAUGUGGCUCGUGCUUUGGGAGAUUGGCACAUGGAAGGCAUGAAGGGUGCAGAUGGUGGGCCACUGAGUGCGGAGCCUGAAGUUAUGACUAAAGAACUCACUGAGGAAGAUGAAUUCAUGAUCAUAGGGUGUGAUGGGAUCUGGGAUGUGUUCAGGAGCCAAAAUGCUGUGGAUUUUGCUCGGCGAAGGCUUCAGGAGCAUAAUGACCCUGUCAUGUGCAGCAAGGAUCUUGUGGAGGAAGCUUUAAAGAGAAAAAGUUGCGAUAACUUAUCAGUCGUUGUGGUCUGCUUUCAAUCGCAGUCUCCCACUAUCCUCGUAGCUCCUCGUUCUAGGGUGCAAAGGAGCUUUUCUGCCGAGGGUUUAAGGGAGUUGCAAAGCUUCUUGGAUAGCUUGAAUAGUUGAAAUGGCGAGGAAUGCUUUUCCUGCCUCCAACCCUCCCUGACUCCCAUAUUUUUUCCUGAAGGCCUUUGUUGUUUUGGCGGCGGACUAUCUUUGCUGAUAUACAACUCUAAUUGUAGUUCGAGUUAUUGAGAGAAUUUGAGUUCCAACUGUAACAUAUGCGGCGGCGGCAAGUUGGUAACGUAACCUCUUCUCAAAAAUCUUCAAUUUAUAUUUUGUUUUGGCCUCUGAUUGGGCACUUCUUGUGAUGAAUUCAAUCAUUCAUGGGGAGGCAGGCCUCUAUUCCUUCUAAUGAGUCAUUGUAGCAAAUAAUUCACUUUGUUUUUAUCGUUGGCUUUUGG